CUGCAUCUAUCACCCACCCCAAGGGGGAAAUUAGGAAGAAAAAUGGCAGAGCCGCUCCCCCGCCCUCCCCACGGCGAGCAGACCCGGCGCCCGGAACAAAGUGUUCUUCUCCCGGAGGCUCCUGUUGUAGCCAGGCCCUUGGAGCAGGAGCAGGACAGGCGCCCCGAGUCCCUCGUGACCUUGGGUCUGGCUGCCACCCAAGGUGACCAAGCUGGACACACCUGACUCCAAACCCCCGACCCCUGGGCAGAGGCCAGUUGGGCACGCCAGCCCCAGGCAAACAGUGUUUCUAGAGCAUCGGCCUGACUGAGGGGUGUCGGUGACAUGUGAGACAUGGCGACAGGGGAGCCCGCUGUGUCCUGCCCACUCUGAGCUCCAACGUUUGCUUCACGUCCACCACGCCAGCAGAGCUGGAGUUUGUUGAGAUCACCAUCAUCAUGGUGGUGGUGAUGGUGAUGGUGGUGGUGAUCACGUGCCUGCUGAGCCACUACAAGCUGUCUGCGCGCUCCUUCAUCGGCCGGCACAGCCAGGGCAGGAGGAGGGAAGACGCCCUCUCCUCGGAAGGAUGCCUCUGGCCGUCCGAGAGCACGGUGUCGGGCAGCGGAAUCCCAGAGCCGCAGGUCUAUGCCCCUCCGAGGCCCACCGACCGCCUGGCCGUGCCCCCCUUCACCCAGCGGGACCGCUUCCACCGCUUCCAGCCCACCUACCCGUACCUGCAGCACCAGAUCGACCUGCCGCCCACCAUCUCGCUGUCGGACGGGGAGGAGCCCCCGCCCUACCAGGGCCCCUGCACCCUCCAGCUGCGGGACCCGGAGCAGCAGCUGGAGCUGAACCGCGAGUCGGUGCGCGCGCCCCCGAACAGAACCAUCUUCGACAGCGACCUGAUGGACAGUGCCAUGUUGGGCGGCCCCUGCCCCCCCAGCAGUAACUCGGGCAUCAGCGCCACGUGCUACGGGGGCGGCGGGCGCAUGGAGGGGCCGCCCCCCACCUACAGCGAGGUCAUCGGCCACUACCCGGGGUCCCCGGCCUUCCAGCACCAGCAGAGCAGCGGGCCGCCCUCCUUGCUGGAGGGGACCCGGCUCCCCCACGCACACAUCGCCCCCCUGGAGAGCACAGCUGCCUGGAGCAAAGAAAAGGAUAAACCGAAAGGGCACCCUCUCUAGGCACCCCGGGGCCGGGGCAGCGGUAGGGAGAAGACAACACGCUCCGCACCUCUUAGACGAGAAGACAGAGGAGGACCGGGCGGCAGCCACCACACGCGGCGCGUAACCAUCCUCUCCCCCUCUCUCUGUGUAUAAAUAUUUACAUGUUCUGUGUGGUCUGAAUGCACAAGCUAAGAAAGCUUGCAAAAAACCACGUUUCUUUGUUGAGCUGUGUCUUGAAGGCAAAAGAGAAAAAAAAAAAAACAAAAAACAACACACACACACACACAAAAUCUACCCUAGUCUUUUCUGUUUCUAGUUGAGCUGCGUGCGUGAAUGCUUCUUUUCUUUUGUUUGUUUAUGAUGAUUUCACUUAACUUUAAAGACAUAUUUGCACAAAACCUUUGUUUAAAGAUCUGCAAUAUUAUAUAUAUAUAAAUAUAUAUAAAAUAAGAGAAACUGUAUUGUGAGGGCAGGAGUAUUUUUGUAUUAGAAGAGGCCUAUUAAAAAAAAAAAGUUGUUUUCUGAACUAGAAGAGAAAAAAAAUGGCAAUUUUUGAGUGCCAACUCAGAAAGCGUGUAUUACCUUGUAAAGAAAAAAAAAGUACAAAGCAGGGGUUUAGAGUUAUUUAUAUAAAUGUUGAGCUUUUGCACUAUUUUUUAAUAUAAAUAUGUCAGUGCUUGUCUGAUGGAAACUCCUAUCAUGUCUGUCGAGACUUUUAAGGGAGAAAUGUGGAAAUUUCACAGUCGGCGUCAGGCAGAGGGCGGGCUCGACACGGAGUUUGGAGAGCUUUCCGGAGGGGCCGCUUUCCUGCGAAGUGGAAGCUUCUGGCUAGCGAUAGGUUGUUACCUCGUUAUACAUUCCCCACCGAAGGAGACAGUUUCCCCCUCUGGGCCAGAACAGCCUUGGGAUGGCAAACCCAAUAGGGAAGUUACUCUAGGCACCAAGUUGCAGGUGGUGGCUUUGCCUUUCCCGAGAUGAAAAUAAACUUCUGGAAGAAUCUUAGUUUUUCCUCCUGGUUUUGUUUUGUUUUGUUUUGUUUUGUUUUUUUUAAAGCAUGAAGCCUCGCCCCCGCCCCCACCCACCUCCAGCCGCAGCUGCUCCCCGCGCGUGUUGCCGGGGACCCCCCCUUCCCUGGCCCCCCAGAGGGGGCUUGGGUGGCUGCUUUGCCCAGAGCGCUUCGGGGCGAUGCGCUGGCUCCAGGAUUUAUCAGCUGAGGUCGGUCGGUGGAGGCCACCGACAGGUCAGAAAGGCCCGGAGUAUUAGGAAUUUGACCUCGUUCCUUUCUCUUUACGUAGCAAUUCUCACCUAACAGGCCAACAAACGGAACCCCAGAGAUGAAAAAGCGACAUGCCCCGAUUUCUCCCAGGACAUGCAAAAGGGUUAAAAGGACAACAAAAAAACCAGUCGAACCUGUGCUUUUAUGUUUUCAAAGCACAAUUCUUUACCUUCUGCUCUCCCGCAUUUUCGUUCCCUCUCCCCGUGGAAACAAUCAUGUUCGAUGUGCUUAUUUAUCUGUGUUUUCACAGCCUCUUUAGCGGAUACGAGUCUUGUCUACCAGGAUUUUCCUGAGUAGGCUGCGGUGUGGCGGGAUCCCCUGGUGGUGCGCAGGUGAGGGCGCGUGAGUGGCGCAGGUGUAUGCGCGGUGGCGACAGGUGGGACAUGGAGUGGGGGUCCCUGGGGUCGACCAGGGACAGUGGCUGGAGCUGCAGGUUCUUCCUCCCACUGAGGACUUGUUCACAUUCCAUGGGGUGAUCCCCCAGAUGGAAGAGCAGCCCCCCGCCCACCCACCCCCCCAAGCCCCUCCGCAUGGAGCUGUCUUUUCAUUUUGGCAGAACACUAACUAGCAGACUAACAUAAGAGGAGGCAUCCGGGCAAUAACUCUUGUUUUUAAGCAACUUUUUUAUUACUUAAACGCCUGAGAACAGUUUUGACGUUCUGACCAUUUGGACUCUAUUUCUACGUACCCUUCCCCAACACGGUGACCAACAGAUAAACAUGGGGUCUGAGUGGCCGCCGGCCAGCCUGGCGGAAAGUUCUUGUACUUUGACAAUAACACCUGCCUCUCCGUGGCGAGGUCGGGGUGGUGGUGGUGGUGGUGGGGGGGUGGUCUUCAGCCUAAACUUUGCUUCUCAAAGAGGAUUCUUUUCAGAAGUCGUGCAGAAACAUCGGUAUUAAUUUGUCCUAAAAGGUACAGGGACACAUUUAUAGAUAAAAUUUUUAAAAACUGUAGCUUUCCUCUAUGUGAAGAGCCUCCCUAGUGCCUUACUGAGGAAGGAGUGCCCUCUUGUCACCAAAUGGGGGCAUCCCUGGACAGUGACACCGAACCCCCAUCCCCACCCCCUCUGCCCCUCUGCCCCGGGGACUGACCUUCCCACUCUAGGUCAACAAAGGGCUGCAGCUUCUCAAAUAUCCCCAUCGCCCUGCCCUCCCGUGUCCCACCCACGCACCCACCCACCACCGUCUUGUCAGAUGCGGUGUUUGACUCCCAUGUGACUUGUAAGCCUAGAAAUGGCCCCGGACUGUGCAGGUCCCCAGGUCUUGAGCCAAGCUGUUGGAAUCCCGUUGGUUGGUGGUGUGGUCUGCAUUUGCCGUGUUUGGAAGGAGGCGGGGGAGUGGCUCCCUGACCUCAGCUGGCUUGAGGGCAGAGCACACCCCUCCAAUUGCACCCCAGGAUUGCAGUCCAGGGCUCGAUGCUGCAGCGCCCCCGGGCUUCAUGCCCGGCAGAUGCCGGUUGCAGAGGCUCAGGGCAGAGCAGCUUGUCCAAGUCGGGACACAUCCCCAGAAAACCUGGGGUGUGUGUUUCUGGAAACAGCUAAGCUCUUGGUUUCUCUGCUGGACCCCAGAGCUGGGGGUGCACUCAUUCCUCUGGAUGUUGGCUGUCGUGCCGUUAUCUUUGAAAAGAUUCCGAGCACCCCUGAGGAGACCUCCUUUUUCCAGUAAAAAGUUUGGGGGUCCUCAGCUGUGGCUGGUUGGAGGGGGACCAGGUUGGGCUUCCUCUACUCCUCAUCGUUUCCCUGCUUGUCCAUCACAUUUCCUACCCCCCGAGGAAGAAAGAGCAUUUCUCCCACAAAGGCCAGGUCUCCGCAGACCAACUUAGGAAGGGGCACUAAGCCAUCUCUGUCCCCCCCGAAGCCCCGGUGUUCUUUGCAAAGAGCUGAAACUCCCCCCAGCCCACCCCCACCCCCCACCAUCUAGCGAACCCCAGGGCAGGGCAAGAACCGAGUCCAAUCCCUGUCCUCGUCUCCUCUCUGAAUUGUAUGUUUCAGAAAUCGUUCUCUACACGCACACAAAGCUUCCAGAUCCAUAAAACAUCCUGAUGAUAAGGAAAAAAUAAAAGUGUUUUUGUUUUGUUUUUGUUUGUUUGUUUCCUGGAAACUGCGCUUCAAAUUCUGCUGUACUAUAGAGCCCAGAAGGACACGCGUUCUCGUUUGCCUGCCUGAUUCCAUGGUGGUGUGCUGAUGGCACGCUUUUAUGUUGCGUUCUUGGCGUUGGAACCGCUCACCUUUGCAGCCCUGUUUUCCCAAGUUCUGUUCAAGUUAAACUCAUGUAAAUUCUCCGUGGCACGCUGGGUGCGGCGCCCACGUCGCUGCCGCGUAAGACUCUGUAUUUGGAUGCCAAUCCACAGGCCUGAUGAAAUCGCUUGUUGUGUAUCAAUAAUCAUUAGUGGCAAUGAUGACAUUCUGAAAAGCUGCAAUACUUAUACAAUAAAUUUUACAAUUCUUUGGAA